AUGGUGCGGGCUGCGAGGCGAAGGCGGAGGAGAAGAGCCGUGGCUCCCGCGCUGCUGUGGGUUCUGGGCUGCGUUUGCAAUUUGGCUUUCCCGCGACUCUGCGUGGCUGCUGCGGACUUGCCCGAGACCAACACUCUGGAGCAUUUGUUUAUCCCCACGGACUCAGCAGCAGCAACAGCAGCAGAAACGGCGGACAUCUUUACUUUCCAGAACGAAUUCGACGAAGAGCCCGCGCUCUUUCCCCGCGAUCCCGCCGCUGCCCCCGCGGCCGCAGCGCUGCCGGGGGGCCGGGCUGCUGCUGCUGCUCUUGCGGGCCGCUCCGGCGCUGCAGCAGCAGCAGCAGGCGCUCCCGUGUCUGCUGCUGCUGCAGCAGGCGCCGGGCGGCGGGCCCGGGGCUUCUCCCGGCCCCGCGGGCGCUCGCGGCGGAGUCUGUCUCUGGGGCUGCUGGCUUGUCUCGCGUUGGCGGUGUCGGCAGCAGCAUUUGGGCGGUCCCCGCUGCUGCUGCUGCAGCAGCAGCAGCAGCAGCAGCAGGCGUGGGAAAGGCGCGACGCAGCUCUUGCUGCAGCCCUCGGCCGCCUCGAAGCCCUCCGAGCCCUCGAGCCCGUAGUGAGCAGCCUGGCAGCAGCCGUGGACAGCCCGGAGGCGCAGCAGCUGCUGCUGCUGUACCAGCAGCAAGUGGAGGCGCCUGCUGCAGCAGCAGCAGCGGGGGAAGCAGCAGCAGCGCCGGAACUGGCCGCCGCUGCAGCAGAAGCAGCAGCAGAAGAGGCCCUCAGCCUGCUGCGGCUGCUGCACGACGCAGCCGUGCAAGAAGCCAGCCUGCUGGAGGCCAGCCAGCGGGAAUUCCAUGGCUGCUUUUUGGAAACUUGGGAAGAAAAAAUAAUUGAACAAGUAGCAGCAAAUCAACAAGCUGAAGCAGAGACAGGGCCUUUUGUGCAGACUCUGAAGUCCCUGCAGGAGAGCGAGCAGCAGCUGCAGCGGCAGUUCCAGCUGGCGCGGCAGCAGCUGCUGCAGCAGCAGGAGUUCGGCGACGAGCAGCAGUGGCCGCUGCUGGCCGCAGCAGCAGCAGACCUCGCCUGCAUGAAGCGCGCUGCUGCAGCGCGGGCCGAAGCAGCAGCAGCAGCAGCAGAAGUCAAACGCAACAUCACAGAGACUGUGCGGGCGCUGCUGGCAGCCAGGAGGGACAAGUUCGCAAGACAAGCUGAGGGGGACUUGGACUUGCUGGACGGGUACAUGCACUUGCUGCAGCAGCAGCAGCUGCUGCAGCGGGAGGGCGAGCCCCGCGGCGCCCCCGCAGCAGCAGCAGCAGCAGCAGCAGCAGCAGCAGAGGGCCCCGAGGAGCGGGAGCUGGCCCUGGAAAAGGCCCAGGACUUGUUCUUGAAUGCCUCGCAGCUGCUGACUCUGCACGAAAGGUCUCUGGCGGAUUUGGGGGUUGCGGGGAACUUGGGGCGGCUGCUGGAGCUAGCCACGCUAGCUGCAGCACAAGAGCCAGUGAUAGCUAGCUACUUAGACGAGUGCUGGGGCAGUUUGCUGCAGCUGCCAGCCCCCUGCGAGGCCCUCGAAGCAGCAAAGCUGCAGCGGCUAGCCAUAGCAGCUAGCCGUGUGGGGCUGCGCAGCGCGCCUUACAAGGCCCAGGUGCGCAGCAUAUUGGCGGAGGCCAAGGGCAACGCAGCGCCGCUGCGGCGGGGCUGCUGCAGCAGCAGCAGCAGCAGCAGCAGCAGCAGCAGCGGGGGGGGGCUCUUGAGCCGCGAGGUGACCCUGGGGGCCCUGGAGGACCUGCUGCUGCGGGUCGACGACGCAGAGGCCCUCAUAGGGGCCCUCGAAGUGGGGCUUGCUGCUGCUGCUGAGAGGGGGGGCCCCGGGCAGCAAAUUCUUAAGGAUUUGGAACACAGCAAAAAGGCCCUGGGCGCGCUCAUAGAAGCCAGCCACAGCCUGGCGAGGCAAAUUGCCCGCCAGAGGCUCACUGGGCUUCUGGAGCAGCAAGUCGAAGACAUAGACUCCCGCGUGCAUGCAGCCAGCUUGCUGCUGCAGCAAAGUGCUGCUGCGCUGCAGCUGCAUGCGCAGUACCUCCGCGCCCGCAAGGAGCUGCAGCUCGCCAAAACCCUCUGGGACGCAGCAGCAGCAGCAGCAGCAAUGCGCUCGCUCGCCGACACCAUCGAGUUCGAGGCUUACAAGCUCCAAAGGGGGGGGCUUUCCACUUAA